UCGCUGAUUCGAAGAUCGCAUACAGAACUGCAUGUACUUUGGCCAUUGACAUUGGCAAUUCCAGUACCUACAAGCCAAUCAAAGAAACAGUCCUGGGAAACACCCUUUUCACUCACUGCAGAUCUCACUUGACCCACCACAGCAAACAUGGCUGACGACGACAACUUCGAUAUCGAUAUCUACGGCGAUGACUCAUACCAGGACUCGAGCGCACAAGACGCAGCGGUCCCCGACGCCAGCGCAGCAAACCCAAACACGAACAGCGACGAGAACGCAGCAGCACCAGAGCCCAAAGCGGAGGGCAACAACGCAUCCAACAAACAGGAAAGCUCAGCUACCGCAACCAGCGGCGGCGCACAGCAAGACAACACCGUGCAGCAGAUUUCGAGUACUGGUGGCUCCGGGCACGAUGUUCACAGACAAGCACCGCAGCAACAGGGCACGAAGCGAAAGCAAGGAGAAGACGAUGACCGCCCAACCGAUCCAGGCGCGACGGCAGCAUUGAUGAUUAACGAUCUGAACUGGUGGAUCAGCGAAGAGGACAUUCGUGGAUGGGCAAAUCAGAGCGGUUGUGAGGAUGAGCUCAACGAGGUCACGUUCAACGAACACAAAGUCAAUGGCAAGAGUAAAGGCCAAGUAUACGUACAGCUCCAGUCACCGCAAGCUGCGACUGCUCUGAAGCACCAAGUCGAUCAGCUCUUCAAAGACCAAGCGCACACCAAGAAGCCUACGGCGAUAUUCAACCCUCCACAUCAUAACCCCUUCAAAACACUACCCAAAGACGUACCUGCGCGCGAUAAGAACCGCAAUGACCCGCAAUCUGGAGGCUUCAACAACCGGGGCGGCGGUAACUUCAAUCGCUUUAAUAGCAGAGGCAAUUUCAACAACCGAGGCAACUUCAACAACAGGGGUGGCAUGGGCUAUCAGAACCCUGGUGGUAACAUGGGUGGUCAAAUGGGAGGGUACGGCGGCCAAGGUGGCAUGCAAAACUUUGGUGGCAGCCCUAUGAUGGGCGGAGGUAACAACUUCGGAGGCGGCUUCAAUCGCGGCGGCAACAUGAUGGGUGGUGGCAUGCGCGGAGGCAUGAAUAAUCGCGGUGGCCGUGGUGGAAUGGGCAUGAACAACAUGGGCGCUGGCAUGCAGAUGCCGAUGGGCGGGAACAUGAUGAUGGGAGGGGGAAUGAUGGGCGGUGGCAUGAACAUGCCCAUGAUGAACGGGAUGGGAGCAGGAUUCGGCGGCCAACCGCAAUUCAACCCUGGGUUCUUCCCCAACCAACAGCAACAACAAGGCGGCAACGAACAUUUCAAUCCUCACGGGGCUAAGCGACCACGACCGGAGUAGAAUCCAUUGAUGUCGCCCUACCACCCGUUGGUCAAGCCCUCCGACCGUUCAUCCCUGCUAUUUGUCCAAUGGCCAUCUGGCCCAUUAUACCUCACCUUCAACCCAUCUG